CAUAUAUAUGUUUCUUAUGCUCUAACUGUAUACAAAAGCUCAACAACACAACACUGAUGUAAAUAUGAUGUAUCAAAAUCAAACGGCCGUGAUCGGUACACUUGAUCCGGAACAUUGCGAUUAAAUGUUCAUCGACCACGCAAUUAAAUAUUGUACACCUCCGAACGUAAGGAUCUUGGGGUGAUAGCCAUGAGCCUUUCUUUUUGCAUCGCGGUGAUAAGUGCUCGAGCGACGAGAAAAACGUCUCGGUAUAAGAUGCAACGACUCGGCGCGUUUCGGCCGUUUCAGCAACCAGUUUUAGUGAGACAAAAGAACGCAAACUAACUGGUUUUGAGAGUUUGACCGGUUUUCGAAGGAAUUCAACAUAAGCUAACAGAGCCAGACCCAAACUGGAGAUCCCGACGAAGAUUGUAAAUACCAUUGACUACUGAGUUAAAAGUUAAAUAUUCUUUACCUUGUUACGGUCGAAGAAUACAGUUCUAAUGAGCAAAUUCUUAUUAUUUUCUACUCUUACAAAAGAUAGUUAUCCACUUUGAGCCGGAUUUACAUCGUCGGAUGGCAUAUAUAAAAAAGAAACACGAAAUAUAUCAAAAAGAAACACGCGCCAGUCAUACAUUGCGCAAUUAUUGUACGUUCAAUCGUGUUAGUGUUUUCUCUAAUCGUUAUAAAAGAGGGGAACGAAUUCUUUCAUUAAACGCGUGAAAUAAAAAAAAAAGAUACAAUGUAAUUUUAAUCACUGUAUUAACAUUGUUGCAAUUCCAUCUCGACUUUUUUUAUGAGCGUAAGAAAACAUUUCUGGCACGUGCUUUAAAAUGGCAAAACAUAGUCAGUUAAAUUAUCACUCUAAGUCUCGUAAAAAAUUAUCGUUUUAGUAUCAUUCGCGACAUUUUAUCUGCGAUAAUAAAAACUGGUACCAUUAAAAGAUUAGAUUUAUUAAAAUUUAUUAACUGGUAUGAAUUUACUAAUUAUCGCCUAUAUUUACUUUUCUCUAUUUUCAAACUACAAAUAUGAUUUUUUUUUAAAAAACAUGACAAGCAAUAUGUGAAUAGUAAUUAUGACGAUAAGUAUAUGACGACAAUUAGCUGAAAGCGUUUAAGCAUGAAGAACGCGAAGUACAUCAGUUCAAACAUUGCACUGGCAUAAGCAUUUGCCGUUAUACUUCGGAGUUUACAUCGCUUCGUUAGCAAAGUUGUAAUUCUUUUGUAACUUGAAGUUGAGAAGUUGCUUAUUUUUUUUUAUCAGGAACAUUCACGGAUCUCAUUUAUUUAAAUAAGAAUAUUUCUGCUACAUUGAACACGACGAACUGAAUAAACAGUUCCUUCCGAGCAGAUUUCAUCAGCGAGAUAAUUUAUGAGUCAUCAUCUGGCGGAUGUUUCGACAACAGUAUACAUUUACAUAAGAGAUACGUGUAAUCACAAUAACUGGAAGUGCAAUCAAAGGAACAAAUGAGAAGUGCCCAUUCACAAAACACAUGAGAUGUUAUUUAAUCGUAAUCGCGUCGCGUUUUCUUCGUGCACGUGCUACUUUCGCGGCGGCAAUCACCGCUCGCUCCGUUUAACAAUUAGCGCGAGUAUCCGCGAUAGAAUCCGAUAAAAGUGAUUGUUAACGUGAGAUCGAGAAAAACACCGUCGGACACGAUGGAUCGCGGCAUACUGCGGCAAACGUUGAUUGGAUUCGUGUGUAGUAUUUUAAUCAUCGACUGCGGCCUCCACGAGGGAUGGAGCACGCCGACUAUACCGAAAUUCAACGGCGAGGAUCCUCUGAAGGUGACGAGCAACGAGAUCGCCUGGAUCGUAAAUCUCAUGUAUGUGGGAGUCGGCAUCGGCUCGCUAGUCCCCUUCAUAUUGAUGGACAACAUUGGGCGCAAGGGAACCUUGCUAGUCACUACGGUACCGAAAAUCGCCUCCUGGAUCUUCAUCGGCCUGUCCACGUCUGUGCCGUUGCUGUACGUUGGACGAAUACUCGCAGGAGUAGGAUGCGGCAUCACUUACGCCGUGAUGCCGAUGUAUCUCGGCGAGAUAAGCAGCAAGCGAACCAGAGGUCCUUUAGGUACAACGAUACCGACUGUUUCAGGUACUUUAACGGCUGUUCUGCUCAACAUCGGGAUGCUACUAAUUUACGCCAUUGGCCUGUGGAUCAGUCGAUUCGCGAUGGCGAUGAUAAGUCUAUGCGCGCCGAUAUUAUUUCUGGUGACCUUCAUGUGGCUACCCGAGAGCUCGGUGUUCCUCACACGAAAGAACAAGCUCGUCACCGCCGAGAAGACUCUUCAAUGGGCUUUGGGUAAGGAAGACGUGGACGAGGAGCUCGAAGAGGUCAAGCGAAUCGUAGAGACUGAGGACAAGUGCAGCGAGAUGACCCUCCAGGAUAUGUUCAAGGAGAUUUUCAGCAAAGCGCAGAACAGGAGAGCCUUUCGAAUCGCCAUGAUAUUAUUGAGCGGCCUGACAAUGACGGGUGCGGCGCCGAUACUCGCGUAUCAAUCAUACAUCUACGACGAGGCCGGCUUCGAGAUCUCGGCCAACGCCGGCAUCAUUUUGACGGGAUUCGCCAUCGUCCUGGCCGGCAGCAUCUGCGUGACGGUGGUGCGCAUUACGGGCAAGAGGUUGCUGCUGCUGGUCGCCACCCCGGUUUGCGUGCUAUCGCUGGUGACGAUAGCCAUUUUCUUCGAGCUGCAGUCCGCCGGCUACGACGUCUCUCGGUUCAAGUGGGUGCCCACGGUCUUCGUGGUGAUUUACGUGCUCGGUUUCGGAUUCGGCCUUAAUCCGAUACCACUCGCCUAUAUCGGCGAGAUCUUCCGCGUCGAGGUCAAAGUGCCCGCCGCGGUGCUCAAUGCUCUCUACUACGCUAUAAGCACCACUGUCAUCGUCAAGUUUUAUCAGGUCGUGCAAGAACUAUACGGCACGUUCGCACCAUUAUGGACAUUCGCCGCGAUAACAUUUCUUAUAUGGAUAUUAAUUUACUUAUUUGUGCCAGAGACCGAAGGUAAAACCUUGGAAGAGAUACAAUUGGAAUUGCAGAAUAAGAACUGAUGUAUCUCUUGCGAUAUAAAAGAGUAAGCACACGUGUAGCACUAGAGACAAUCCAAAGAUAUAUUAAAUACAUAUCUAACACACACACAGCGCAUAUCUAACACAUGAAAUAUGACUCGAACCUGAUAUUGCUAGAUAUUCAUAUAAAAUAUUGUAAAAAACUUGAAAAACAUAAAAAAAAUAAAAUCACGCAUAUAAUGCAUUUAACAAU